UCUCUCUCCCUCACUUGCGCUGCGCACCGUGGAAUUCGGCAGCCAAUCGGCAGGCCACUCAGUCACUAACUUCUUCUUAUUGCUGCCUGCAGCUGAAAUAUGGAGAGCAAAUCCUACAUGGUCCAGAUGAACGGGAAUGGUGUCCACAGUAACAGUGUGCAUUCUUUCAACAUAAAUGGCGAUAUUUAUUCUGCCAAGAUGAAGAUUCAUAAGAAGCGAUGGAAUAUCAGAGCUUCUGAGAUGUCCAAGAAUACUCUGAACCCCAUCCGUGCCAUUGUGGACGGCAUGAAGCUUUCACCUAACCCUGACAAGGCUAUGAUUGCUCUGUCUAUUGGUGAUCCUACUGUGUUUGGAAACCUGCCCACAGAUGAGAAGGUUCUGCAAGCCAUGAAAGAUGCCAUGGACUCACACAAAUACAAUGGAUAUGCUCCUUCUGUUGGUUAUCAAAAAAGCAGAGAGGCUGUGGCGAACUUCUACUGCAGUCCUGAAGCUCCUCUGGAAGCUGAUGAUGUGAUUCUUACCAGUGGCUGCAGCCAGGCCAUUGAGCUGGCCAUCAGUGUGCUGUGCAACCCAGGAAACAACAUUCUGGUGCCCUGUCCUGGAUUUUCGCUGUACAAGACACUUGCUGUGUCUCUUGGUAUUGAAAUCAAGCACUACAAUCUUCUGCCAGAGAAAUCUUGGGAGAUUGAUCUGCAAAAUCUGGAGAGUCUGAUUGACGAAAAGACUGCCUGCCUAGUCGUAAACAACCCUUCGAACCCUUGUGGCUCUGUCUACAGCAAAGAACACCUGCAAGAUAUCCUCGCAGUGGCCUCCAGACACUGCAUCCCCAUUUUGGCAGAUGAGAUCUAUGGAGACAUGGUGUUCCCUGAGCACACCUUCUACUCCAUGGCCCCUCUGACCAACGAUGUGCCCAUUCUGUCAUGCGGUGGCCUGGCCAAGCGAUGGCUGGUUCCUGGCUGGAGGAUGGGCUGGAUUCUCAUACAUGACCGAAACCAGGCUUUUGGACAGGAGAUUAGGGAAGGGUUAGUGAAGCUGAGUCAGAGGAUUCUGGGUGCCUGUACCAUCGUCCAAGGAGCCCUAGAGGCUAUUUUAAACAGCACGCCUCAAGAGUUCUACCAGGACACCAUUGGCUUUCUGAAGUCGAACUCUGAAAUCUGUUUCUCUGCACUGUCCUCCAUUCCUGGGCUCAAUCCUGUCAGGCCCUCAGGAGCCAUGUACCUGAUGGUGGGCAUCGAGAUGGAGAACUUCCCUGAGUUUGAGAAUGAUGUGGACUUCACAGAACAUCUGGUGACUGAACAGUCUGUCUUCUGCCUACCAGCCACGGCUUUUGAGUACCCCAAUUAUUUCCGGAUUGUUGUGACGGUACCAGAGGACAUGAUGGUGGAGGCUUGCAGUCGAAUAAGAGAAUUCUGCCAACUGCACUACCGGCCUUGUAAUCAAGAGAGCAAUGAUCUGGAUCAAUGAGAUUGUGUGAUGGAAAGAGAGAUGGACGGAGGUCUAGACAAAGGUGGGGAAAAAAGGGAUAUCAACACUUUUUACAUCCGUUUGUGAAGUGAGAGAAGUGGGAAGAGAGUAGUGUACCUCGUACCAAGAAAGGACAGAGGGUCUAAUUAAUUAGUUGCCUGAUUGGCAGUUUAUGACUUUAUGCUUGCAGACAAAAACAAGACUUAACAAACUCUUUUUAUUCAAGUUGUUAUAAGAUAAAUUGCAUAUUUUCUGUUGUGGAUAUGUUCAUCUCCUUCCAGUAUGAAACUAGUCUAAUAUCUCAGGAGGGCAUUUUGUUGUGGGUCAUGUGAGAUGCAAAACUGAACAGAUCAUAAUUAUGAAUAAUAUAUUAAAAUAUACAAUAUGAAUAUCCCCCAAGCACCUUCCCAGUGGGGGACUACCAUGGCAGCAUUUCAACUUCAAAUAUUAGUUGUGUUGAUUAAUUUUCAUAUUUAGACACCAUGUCCUCACCGUCAGCAAGGUCACAAAAACAAGGUACCCUUUACCCUUACAGUGUAAAUUAUGAUGCUUUCAACUUGCAAAAUCAUUAUUUAUUGGUCUGCAGUGGUUACAUCUCAUUUCAUUAAAACUCCAGUUUUGAGUUGGGCACUGAAUAAAAUGAUAGAUGGCAUAUAAUUUCAGACAGGUUCAGUUUUGUAAAAUAUAAAAAGUUACACAAACCCCACAUAUAAGAUAAAUUUAAAACUGGUUGGCAGCUAUCGUGAAAUCCUUGUCAACCUUCAAGUAUCAGUUGAUUUUAGCUGAGCCAAAGAGAUUUUUAGCACGGGUAUCUGAUGUUCUUCUGUAAUUUACUGGCCAGAUUUAUUUAUAUUUUUGUUACAUUUUUUUAAGUAAUAAACUCACUCUCAUGUGCUUUUUAUCAAAUUC